CAGAUCCCAGGGUCUGGUAGGCCAGCUGGGUGUUGGGAUUUGACCUGGGCUUUUCAGCCCUCUCAGUAUCUCCCAGAACCAGGGGCCACUGGAUGGGAUGGCAGCCUCUGGUCCCAGGCUCAACCCUCCCCUCCACCUGCAUCCCCAGUGCCUCAACUUGGCCUUCCUGCUGGUGGACGUGUGGUUGAACUUCCUGCCCAGCAUCUACCUCGUCUUCCUGAUCAUUCUGUAUGAGGGGCUCCUCGGAGGGGCUGCCUACGUGAACACCUUCCACAACAUCGCCCUGGAGACAAGUGAUGAGCAUCGGGAAUUUGCCAUGGCAGCUGCCUGCAUCUCCGACACUUUGGGAAUCUCCCUGUCGGGGCUCCUGGCCCUGCCUCUGCACGACUUCCUUUGUCACCUGCCGUGAUGCUCUGGUUUCUAACUCGGGCCUGUACUGACAGACGGGCGAGACAGACCGCAGGCCUGCAGCCCAGAGCUCGCUCACGAGCUCUGCCCCAGGCUUCCCUGAGCGGCUGGGGUGCAGAGAAGUGCUGAGGUCUUGUUCCCCUGUGAACGAGCCAGCAGUUUUUGCCCACUCCCAGGCUGGCCUUCGGGAGUUUCUUCAUGGCGUUACGUCCUCAGAAUAAAUUCCUAUUUUAUCAGUUUUAUUAAUUGA